UCUCUAUUCUUUUUCUUGUUUUAGGAUUACUUCUAAAGGGUGCAAAAAUUACUGUUGAUUUUGGAAAGCUAUAACAGCUACAAAUGACAACUUCAGUUCGAAAAAUCUCAGGAGCUUUCAUGUUCACUGUCAUGGUUUUGGUGUUAUUGAACACCGCAUGUCAAGCUAAACUCAACUCUAAGUAUUAUGAGAAAUCAUGUCCAAAAGCUCUCGUUACUAUCAGAAGUACCAUCAGGACGGCUAUUGCACGAGAACGAAGAAUGGCAGCAUCUCUCAUUCGUCUGCACUUUCAUGAUUGUUUUGUCCAGGGUUGUGAUGCUUCAAUCCUACUGGACGAGACGUCCUCUAUCAAGAGUGAAAAGACUGCAUUGCCCAACUUAAAUUCUGCAAGAGGAUUUGAAGUCAUUGAAAAGGCAAAAUCUGAAGUGGAGAAGAUAUGCCCAGGUGUUGUAUCCUGUGCAGAUAUCAUUGCUGUGGCUGCAAGGGAUGCUACUGAACAUGUCGCUGGUCCAUCUUACACUGUGUUGCUCGGAAGAAGAGAUUCAACUACUGCAAGCAGGGAUCGAGCCAACAAGGAACUUCCUAGUUUUAGAGAUGGCCUGAACAAACUUAUAUCUCGCUUUCAGAAAGUGGGACUCAAUGCUAGGGACUUGGUUGCUUUGUCAGGUUCUCAUACUCUAGGACAAGCUCAGUGUGCAACAUUUCGUGAUAGGAUAUACAGCAAUGGCAGUGACAUUGAUGCUGGAUUUGCUACCACUCGCCGGCGUCGUUGUCCUGCUGUUGGAGGCGAUGGAAAUUUAGCUCCACUUGAUCUGGUCACACCCAAUUCUUGGGACACCAAUUACUUCAAGAAUUUGAUCCAAAAGAAAGGUCUUCUCGAAUCAGAUCAAGUUCUCUUUAGUGGUGGUUCCACCGAUAGUAUUGUCAAAGAAUACAGCAAAAAUCGUGCGGCUUUCAACGCAGAUUUUGCAUCAGCUAUGAUCAAGAUGGGAAAUUAUAAGCCACUCACUGGGUCUAAAGGUCAAAUAAGGAGAAUCUGCAGUGCAGUGAACAAAUAAUUUGUGCUAGUCCCAUUUGCAAGAUGUUAAAGUUUUCUUUUUUUGAUUUCUUGAAGCGCUAAAAAAGUGCACUUCUGCUCUUCUUCAUACAGUUUUUCCUUCUUUUUUUUUAUUUCAUCAAGUGUAAAAUAACUACAUCUUAAUUGUAUGGCCUUAUUUGUAAUUCUUGUCAGUAACUUCUUGGAGUAAUAGUAUGGGUGUGUUAUAUUCAGUGGCUUAUCAAAAAUU